AUGCCUUUCACCAAGACUGUCAAGUCGAGCUCGUACUUCUCGCGCUACCAGGUCAAGUACCGCCGCCGUAGGGAGGGCAGGACCGACUACUACGCCCGCAAGCGUCUCGUCUCGCAGGCCAAAAACAAGUACAACGCCCCCAAGUACCGCCUCGUCGUUCGCUUCUCGAACAAGUACGUCACCUGCCAGAUCGUCCACGCCAAGAUCCAGGGCGACUUUGUCCUCACCCAGGCCUCGUCCAAGGAGCUGCCUCGCUACGGAAUCAAGCACGGCCUUGCCAACUGGACCGCCGCCUACGCCACCGGCCUCCUCGUCGCCCGCCGCGCCCUCACCAUCCUCGGCCUCGCCGACAAGUACGAGGGCGUCACUGAGCCCGAUGGCGAGAUGACCGAGACCGAGCCCCUCGGUGACGACGAGCCCCGCCCCUUCAAGUGCUACCUCGACGUCGGCCUCAAGCGCACCUCGACCGGAUCCCGCGUCUUCGGCGCCCUCAAGGGCGCGUCCGACGGCGGCAUCUUCAUCCCUCACUCCGAGAAGCGCUUCCCCGGCUACGACCCCGAGUCCAAGGAGCUCGACUCGGAGCUCCUCCGCUCCUACAUCUUCGGAGGCCACGUUGCCGAGUACAUGGAGAGCCUAGAGGAAGAAGAUGACGAGAGGUUCAAGAAAGCGUUUUCGUCGUACCUGGCCGACGACAUUGGAUCGGACGACCUCGAAGAGAUUUACGAGAACGCCUACGCCGCGAUCCGCGAGGACCCUUCGUUCAAGCCGACCGAGAAGACCAAGGACUGGGCCGCCGAGUCGAAGAAGUACAAGGAGACCAAGCUCAGCUACGAGCAGCGCAAGGCCAAGAUCCAGACCAAGAUCGAGGCCUUCAAGUCCGGCCUCGAGGCCUAA